CCCUCCCCCGCCUCGGCCUGCCGCGGGGAGGGGGCUAGCGUCGCCGCCUCCAGCUGCUCCUCAUGAAGCAGCUGCCGUCGCAGCCGCCACCGAAGAUGGGGGAUUUCUACGAUCCCGAGCACCCGACCCCUGAAGAAGAAGAAAAUGAGGCAAAGAUUGAAAAUGUGCAGAAAACAGGUUUCAUCAAAGGACCAAUGUUCAAAGGUGUUGCUUCUAGCCGAUUUUUGCCCAAAGGCACGAAGACAAAAGUUAAUUUGGAGGAACAAGGACGGCAGAAGGUGUCAUUCAGCUUCAGUCUUACAAAGAAAACUUUACAGAACAGGUUUCUCACUGCACUUAGCAAUGAAAAGCAGAGCGAUUCUCCAAACUCACCAGCUAACCCUCUUCCAGUAGACUCAAACCCUAAAGUGAAAAUGGACCCAGGAGAUACUUUUCCUGCUACAGAAGAGUCUUCCCCACCAAAGUCAAGAGUGGAGUUGGGUAGAAUUCAUUUUAAGAAACAUCUGCUUCAUGUGACAUCCAGGCCACAGCCGGCUACAACUACAGCAGUAGCAUCUCCCCCUCCUCCUCCAACACAGUUACCAGCGGUCAUAGCAGAAUCCAGUAUAGAUUCACCACCUUCAUCGCCACCUCCACCUCCUCCACCUCCCCAAGCCACAUCACCCUCACCACCAGCACCAAUAUCAGAGCCAGUGGUCUUACCACAUCCCCCAGUAACAGUACUAAUGACUGCACCAGUACCCUUACCAGUGGAUAGAGCUCCGAAAGAAUCGCCUGUUAAAAGUGUGCCCGAAUCCUUAGAGGUGGAUAGGAAGCAGGAUAUUGUAUCUAAUAGUUUGGAAGAACACACAGUUCAAACUUUGAAAGAACAAGCAGAUAAUCCCCUGCAAAGAGAAGAUUCCCAUAUUGGGAAGGAAGAAGAAGUUUCUGAUGGUUCUAAGAUAAGCCUCAGUUCUAAAAAAGCAAGUUCUAAGAAGAAAUCUUCACAAUUUGAAGGCACAUUGCUUGGUUCAGAAUCUGAUGAAGAUUCUGUACGGACUUCCUCCAGUCAAAGAUCACAUGACUUAAAAUCUUCAACAAGCAUUGAGAAGGAAAGAGAUUUUAAAAAGAGCUCAGUACCUUCAAAAAGUGAGGAUUUGGGGAAAUCAUCGCGAUCUAAAACAGAGAGAGAUGAUAAAUACUUUAGCUACUCAAAACUUGAAAGAGAUACUCGGUAUGUAUCUUCCCGAUGUAGGUCCGAAAGGGACAGAAGGCGGAGCCGAUCUCGUUCUAGAUCUGACAGAGUCUCUAGAACUAGUUUGUCUUAUUCUCGGGCAGAGCGAUCUCAUUAUUACGAUUCUGAUCGGCGCUACCAUAGGAGUUCCCCUUACCGUGAAAGGACACGCUAUUCUCGGCCCUAUACAGAUAACAGGACACGGGAGAGCUCAGACUCUGAAGAUGAAUAUAAGAAGACAUAUGCAAGGCGCACCUCAUCCCAUUCCUACCGAGACCUAAGGACAUCAUCAUCUUACUCUAAAUUUGAUCGGGACUGUAAAACUGAGACUUCUUACUUAGAGAUGGAGAGAAGAGGAAAGUAUUCUUCAAAACCAGAAAGAGAAUCCAAGCGGACUUCAGAGCAUGAAGCCAUAAAAAGAUGUUGUUCUCCCCCGACUGAACUGGGAUUCCGACGGGGGUCCUCCUAUUCCAAGCAUGAUAACAGUGCUUCCCGUUACAAAUCUGCCCUUUCAAAACCUGUAUCCAAGUCUGAUAAAUUUAAAAAUUCUUUCUGUUGUACAGAAUUAAAUGAGGAAAGUAAACAAUCUCAUUCUUUUAGUUUGCAGACUCCUUGUUCAAAAGGUAGUGAAUUAAGAACAAUUAAUAAAAUUCCUGAAAGAGAAAAGACUGGGUCUCCAUCUCCAUCAAAUCAAUUAAAUGAUUCACCUACUUUUAAAAAGCUAGAUGAAUCUCCUGUUCUUAAGCCUGAAUUUAUAGGACAUGAUAGCCAUGAUAGUAUUAAAGAAUUGGAGUCAUUAUCAAAAGUGAAAAAUGAUCAGUUAAGAGGUUUUUGUUCUAUUGAAUUAAAUAUAAAUGGAUCUCCAGAGACAGAAUCCGAUAUGGCAACAUUUUGUGCUACUAAAACAGAUGCUAUUUCAAUGACUUCAGAUGAUAGUGUGACUGGAUCAGAGAUAUCUCCUUUGGUCAAGGCUUGCAUACUUUCAUCAAAUGGAUUUCAGAAUAUUGGUAGAUGCAAAGAAAAGGACUCAGAUGAUUCCUAUAGACAGCAUAAUAAGUCAAAAAGUCCAUUUAGGGAAACAGAACCUCUGUUGUCACCACACCAUGACAAACUCAUGUCUUUGCCAGUUAAGACUAUAGAUUAUUCCAAAACAUUAAUUAAAGAACCAGUUGAUAAGAGACGUUCCUGCUGCAAAACCAAAGAUUCAGAUAGAUACUGUUCUCCAAAUGAGAACUCUGAAGCUGAAAAUAUUGAACCUUCAGUUAUGAAGAUUUCUUCAAAUAGCUUUAUGAAUGUGCAUUUGGAAUCAAAACCAGUUAUAUGUGAUAAUAGAGAGCCGACAGAUCAGCACUCAAAAUUUGCAUGUGAUGAAUAUAAGCAGAGCAUUGGUAGCACUAGUUCAGCUUCACUUAAUCAUUUUGAUGAUUUGUAUGGGUCUGUAGGGAGUUCAGGUAUUAUUUCAUCUCUUCAGAGUCUUCCACCAGGAAUAAAAUGUGAAGGGAAUACAUCUCCAGUUCUAGAUGCAGUGCAGAGUAAAAGAAGCACAGAGUUCUUAAAGUAUGCAGGGAAAGAAACAGAAGUGGGUAGUGCCCUUCCUGAUUCAGGAAAGGGAUUUGCUUCUUGGGAAAACCGGCAUAAUAAUGUAUUAUCUGGGCAGUCUUUGCAAGAGGCUCAAGAAGAGGAGAAUUCCAUAUUGCAUGAAAGAAGAGGAAGACCAGAAAUCUUAGAUGAGGAGGGAAGAGGGCAUACACAUACUUCUGAUGACUCAGAGGUUGUAUUUUCUUACGAUUUGAAUUUAACCAUGGAGGACAGUGACGGUAUAACUUACACCUUAAAAUGUGACAGUAGUGGUAAUGCUCCUGAAAUUAUAUCUACUAUCCAUGAAGAUUAUUCUGGAUCUUCUGGAAGUUCAAGUGACGAAAGUGAUUCAGAAGAUACAGAGUCUGAUGACAGCAGUAUUCCAAGAAACCGUCUCCAGUCUGUUGUGGUUGUGCCAAAGAAUUCUACUUUGCCCAUGGAAGAGACAAGUCCCUGUUCUUCUCGGAGCAGUCAUAGCUACCGACAUUACUCUGACCACUGGGAAGAGGAAAGAUUAGAAUCAAGGAGACAUGCGUAUGAGGAUAAGUUUGAUGGUAUGGCAAGUAAAAGCUGUCCUCAGACUGAAAAAUUCUUCCUUCAUAAAGGAACAGAGAGGAACCCAGAAACUUCUUAUUCACAGUUCAGCAGAAAAGUAGAUAAUCACCUGCCUGAAAUUGCUCAUUCUCAGAGUGAUGGGGUUGAUAGUACAAGUCAUACAGACUUGAAAUCUGACCCUCUAGGUCACCUGAAUUCAGAGGACACAGUAAGAACCAAAACAUCUAGGUCUCAAGAGCUACCAGUUUACUCUUCUGAUGAUUUUGAAGAUAUCCCAAAUAAGUCUCGGCAACAGAUAAUUUUCUCUAACAGACCAGAUAGUAGUAGACUAGGAAAAACAGAGCUAAACUUUUCUUCCUCUUGUGACAUUUCCCAUAUAGAUGGCUUGCACUCAUCAGAAGAGCUCAGAAACCUAGGAUGGGACUUCUCCCAACAAGAAAGGCCCACUACCACAUACCAGCAACCUGACAGCAGUUAUGGAGCCUGUGGUACACACAGGCAUCAACAAAGUGCUGAACAUUUUGGAGGGACCCACAGUUACUGGCAAGGCAAUGGCUAUUGGGAUCCAAGAUCAGCAGGCAGACCUCCAGGAACUGGGGUUGCUUAUGAUCGAAUUCAGGGGCAGGUACCAGAUUCUUUAACAGAUGAUCGGGAAGAAGAGGAGAAUUGGGAUCAACGAAGUGGAUCACAAUUUUCAAGCCAGUCCAAUAAAUUUUUCUUCCAUCAAAAGGACAAGGGAUCAGUGCAAGCACCCGAAAUAAGCAGCAAUUCAAUUAAGGACUCUUUAGUUAUGAAUGAAAGGAAAGAUUUUUCAAAAAAUUUUGAAAAAAAUGAUAUAAAAGAGAGAGGACCUCCUAAAAAACGGAGGCAAGAAUUAGAGAGUGAUUCUGAAAGUGAUGGGGAGCUGCAGGCUAGAAAGAAAGUCAGAGUGGAGAGUGAACCAGGAGAGACAUCAGUGCCCCUGCACUCGGAGCUGAUGGGGCCCUCUUGUGCUAUGGAUGAUUUCAGGGACCCACAGCGGUGGAAAGAAUUUGCCAAGCUGGGGAAGAUGCCCUGCUACUUUGAUCUCAUUGAAGAAAAUGUUUAUUUAACAGAAAGAAAGAAGAAUAAAUCCCAUCGGGACAUUAAGCGAAUGCAGUGUGAGUGUACACCUCUUUCUAAAGAUGAAAGAGCUCAAGGUGAAAUAGCGUGUGGAGAAGAUUGCCUUAAUCGUCUCCUCAUGAUUGAAUGCUCCUCUCGAUGUCCAAAUGGGGAUUAUUGUUCGAAUAGACGGUUUCAGCGAAAGCAGCAUGCAGAUGUGGAAGUCAUACUGACAGAAAAGAAAGGCUGGGGUCUGAGAGCUGCCAAGGACCUUCCUUCGAACACCUUUGUCCUGGAAUACUGUGGAGAGGUACUUGAUCAUAAAGAGUUUAAAGCCCGGGUGAAAGAAUAUGCACGGAACAAAAACAUCCACUACUAUUUCAUGGCCCUGAAAAAUGAUGAGAUAAUAGAUGCCACUCAAAAAGGGAAUUGCUCUCGUUUCAUGAAUCAUAGCUGUGAGCCAAACUGUGAAACCCAAAAAUGGACUGUGAAUGGACAACUGAGGGUUGGAUUUUUUACUACCAAACUGGUUCCUUCAGGCUCAGAGUUAACAUUCGACUAUCAAUUCCAAAGAUAUGGUGGUACUUUUCUCGAUAGUGAUGCUUUCUCGGGUGUUCGUUCCCAUAGUUCCUGUGUCAGAGUGGAUGGAGAGCUGGAAGCGCUGAUGGAAAAUGGUGAGGGCCUCUCUGAUAAAAAUCAGGUUCUUAGUUUAUCCCGGCUUAUGGUUAGAAUUGAAACUCUGGAACAGAAACUUACCUGUCUCAAGCUCAUUCAGAACACACACUCGCAGUCCUGCCUCAAGUCAUUUCUGGAACGCCAUGGGUUGUCAUUGCUGUGGAUCUGGAUGGCAGAGCUUGGUGAUGGCCGGGAAAGUAACCAGAAGCUUCAGGAAGAGAUUAUAAAGACUUUGGAGCAUUUGCCCAUUCCUACUAAAAAUAUGUUGGAAGAAAGCAAAGUACUUCCAAUUAUUCAACGUUGGUCUCAGACCAAGACUGCUGUCCCUCAGUUAAGUGAAGGCGAUGGAUAUUCUAGUGAGAAUACAUCACGUGCUCACACACCACUUAAUACACCUGAUCCUUCCAUCAAGCUGAGCACAGAAGUGGAUACAGAGACUCCCAAGAAACUCAUGUUUCGCAGACUUAAAAUUAUCAGUGAAAAUAGCAUGGACAGUGCAAUCUCAGAUGUAACCAGUGAGCUAGAAUGCAAGGAUGGCAAGGAGGACCUGGAUCAGUUAGAAGCGGUCACUGUGGAAGAAGAUGACGACUUGCAGUCACAACAACUCCUGCCACAGCAGCUGGGUGAGCCCAAAGUUGAGAGCGAAACCACCCUCGAAGUCAGUAAAUUACCCCCAUCUGAACCAGAGGCCGACACAGAGACAGAGCUCAAAGAAAGCAGUGGCACAAAACUGGAAGAAGCCAUUGCUGAGGAGACACCGUCCCAAGAUGAAGAAGAGGGCGUGUCUGAUGUUGAAAGUGAGAGAAGCCAAGAACCGCCAGAUAAAACAGUGGAUAUAAGUGAUUUGGCCACCAAGCUGCUAGACAGUUGGAAAGACCUAAAGGAGGUGUAUCGAAUUCCAAAGAAAAGUCAAACCGAAAAGGAGAGCACAGUAACUGAACGAGGAAGGGAUGCUGCUACCUUCAGAGAUCAAACCAUUCCAAAGACUCCUAACAGGUCAAGAGAGAGAGACCCGGACAAGUCAACUCAGAAUAAAGAGAAAAGGAAACGAAGGGGCUCUCUCUCACCACCCUCUUCCGCCUAUGAACGGGGAACAAAAAGGCCGGAUGACAGAUAUGAUACACCAACUUCUAAAAAGAAAGUACGAAUUAAAGACCGGAAUAAACUUUCUACAGAGGAGCGCAGGAAGUUGUUUGAACAGGAGGUAGCACAGAGGGAGGCUCAGAAGCAACAGCAACAGAUGCAAAACUUGGGGAUGACAUCACCACUACCCUUUGACUCUCUGGGCUAUAAUGCCUCUCAUCACCCCUUUGCUGGCUAUCCACCAGGUUAUCCCAUGCAAGCUUACGUGGAUCCCAGCAACCCUAAUGCUGGAAAGGUGCUUCUGCCCACACCCAGCAUGGACCAUGUGUGUUCUCCCGCUCCUUAUGACCAUGCUCAGCCCUUGGUAGGACAUUCUACAGAAUCCCUUGCUGCCCCUUCAUCAGUGCCAGUGGUGCCACAUGUGGCAACCUCUGUGGAAGUUUCCAGUUCACAGUAUGUGGCUCAGAAUGAAAGUGUGGUACACCAAGACUCCAAUGUUCCUGUAAUGCCAGUACAAGCUCCAGGCCCAGUCCAAGGACAGAAUUAUAGUGUUUGGGAUUCAAACCAACAAUCUGUCAAUGUACAACAACAGUACUCUCCUGCACAGUCUCAAGCAACUAUAUAUUAUCAAGGACAGACAUGUUCAACUGUCUAUGGUGUGACAUCUCCUUAUUCACAGACAACUCCGCCAAUUGUGCAGCCUGAAAUGGUUGUAACAAAUAAUCUACUGGAUCUGCCACCCCCCUCUCCUCCAAAACCAAAAACCAUUGUUUUACCUCCCAACUGGAAGACAGCCCGAGAUCCUGAAGGGAAGAUCUAUUACUACCAUGUAAUCACAAGGCAGACUCAGUGGGACCCUCCCACUUGGGAAAGCCCAGGAGAUGAUGCCAGCCUAGAGCAUGAAGCUGAGAUGGACCUGGGAACCCCAACAUACGAUGAAAACCCGAUGAAGACAUCAAAAAAGCCCAAGACUGCAGAAGCAGACACCUCCAGUGAGCUAGCAAAGAAAAGCAAAGAAGUAUUCAGAAAAGAGAUGUCUCAGUUCAUUGUCCAGUGCCUGAAUCCUUACCGGAAACCUGACUGCAAGGUGGGCAGAAUCACCACGACUGAGGAUUUCAAACACCUUGCUCGAAAGCUGACUCAUGGAGUUAUGAAUAAGGAGCUGAAGUACUGUAAGAACCCCGAGGACCUGGAGUGCAAUGAGAAUGUGAAACACAAAACCAAGGAGUACAUUAAGAAGUACAUGCAGAAGUUUGGGGCAGUUUACAAACCUAAGGAGGACACUGAAUUAGAGUGACGCGCGGGGCCAGAGUGAGGAGUGUGAUCAGAAAGGAUGGAUCCUGUGGCUUCUGCCCUACCCAUGGCCAGGCCUGCACUACCGGUGUGACGACCCAUCAUCCUGAGCAGUUCAAACCUUGGAGGAGUCAACUGUAAGGCACAAAAAUGAGCUCUGUCUACAAGCGACCCCUAGUUGUGAGCUGCUGGAUGUAACAGUUAAGGCCAUCGGAGGCAGUAGCCUAGGGAAGACCGUGGCCACACCCGACCCCGCUCUCAGACCUGGGUCUCCCCCUUGGCGGUGCUGUCAGCGCACAGACCCAUGCGCACCCUCCCCCAAGACCCUUACCCUGAUGAUCUGUAUUAUAUUUUAAUGUAUAUGUGAAUAUAUUGAAAAGAAUUUGUUUGUUUUUCCUGGUUUUUGUUCAGUUUUUGUUUGCCGUUAGCCUCUAUGUGCUAGAAUCAUGGGAAGACUUUGUAAGGACAGUAUAAAUUCUCCUGCAAGGUUUAAUUUGUUAUCAUGUAAAUAUUCCAAAGCAGGCUGCCUUGUGGUUUUGGCCAGCCUUGUGCUAUGUUGAUAAGAUUGAUUUACUGCUUAAGAUCACUUUACUUUAUCCAAUUUUUACUGAACUUUUUAUGUAAAAAAUAAAAUCAAUUAAAGAACUUGCAAUGUGUGUUCCCUAAAACUUAA